AUGAGCCGAUGUCUCUCAAUUGUCCAAAUGGCAAUGAAAUCUAUGUGGUACCACUCAUAUACCUUCUGGCUAUUCGUCUUCAGCGACUUCAAAACUAUUGUGGCACCAAGUACCAUUUUCGGAAUCACAAACGCUUGGGCCGUGUCCAAAUACGACCCGCAAGUUUCAGGAGCUUUGUCCCCUCCCCAAACCGUAAGCGAUACUCCAAAGUCGAUUCGAAGAACUCUCGCGGCAUUAUCAUGGCUUCUGAUCAACUUAAUUCCAUUCGCCAUCAACAACCAAAGGGGCGAAAGAGCUAUUGCUGAGGACAGUUUAAACAAGCCAUGGCGCCCAUUCCCCUGCCGCAGGAUUUCUCACGAGUGGGGCACGCGAGUAAUGAUCCUUUUAUAUCUAUUAGCCCCAAUCUAUAGUCUUGCAUUCUCCGGGGGAGUCCGACAUUCCGUGGUUUUGAUAUGGUUAGGGGUGUGGUACAAUAACUGGGGUGGUGCGGACAAGAACCCAGUCAUUCGGAAUAUUAUCAACGGGCUGGGGUAUACCUGUUUCGCAUCCGGAGCGAUGGAAGUGGCCUUGGGCGGCUCUUUGCUCCCUCUUCACCCGCUUGGGUGGCUGGGACGGUGGCUUCUAGUCCUCAUCGGGGUUAUUUUCUCCACCGUCCAAUUGCAGGACAUGUCUGAUCAACCCGGGGAUGCGAAACGCGGUCGGCGAACGGUGCCUCUAGUAUGGGGUGAUACUGCGGCGCGGUGGACGAUUGCUAUACCCAUGCUUGGUUGGGGAAUAUGGUGUCCGAUUUUGUGGGAUGUGUCACAUCUUUGGCUUACCAUCAGCAUCGCAUUGGCUUCGCUGGUGGCCUUGAGGACUCUGGUGAUUCGUUCUGUUCAAGGGGAUAAACAAACAUUUCGACUUUGGAAUUGUUGGAUUGCGUUCAUCUAUAUGCUUCCUCUAUUUUCUAGAGGGGAGUCUCCUUGGAGUGAACUUUCAAGUGAUGUUGGGUGA